AUGCCUACGAUAUCGGUAAAUCGAGAUUCCCUUUUUGCCGCACUCGGUAAAACCUACUCUGAUGAUGAGUUUCAAGACUUAUGCUUUGAAUUUGGUUUAGAAUUAGAUGAAGUUACAACAGAGAAGCAAAUGUUAAUCAAGGAACAAGGUGACCAAGCAGGUUAUGCUUCUGGUGUUUCAGAGGAUGUCUUGUAUCGUAUUGAUAUUCCUGCAAACAGAUAUGACCUUUUGUGUCUUGAAGGGCUAGUCAAUGGAUUACUGGUUUUCUUGGGAAAAAAAACUCCACCAAAAUAUAGGCUAGAUAAAUAUGAAGACUGUUAUUCAUUACACCUCACCCCUGCAACAGCCCAAAUAAGACCUUAUGCAGUAGCAGCUGUAUUAAAGAAUGUCUCUUUCACAAAAGAGAGCUAUGACAGUUUCAUUGAUUUACAAGAUAAAUUGCAUCAAAAUAUAUGCAGAAAACGUACUUUGGUAGCUAUAGGCACUCAUGAUUUGGAUACCAUAAAAGGCCCAUUUGUAUAUGAUGCUUUACCACCAAGUGAUAUCAAAUUUAAAGCUCUUAAUCAGCAGAAAGAAAUGACAGCCACUGAGCUUAUGGAACUCUAUUCUAGUCACCCUCAAUUAAAACAAUACUUAGGAAUAAUAAGGGACAGUCCGGUUUACCCUGUCAUUAAGGAUAAGAAUGGUGUAAUACUAUCUAUGCCGCCCAUUAUAAAUGGAGACCAUUCAAAAAUAACUUUGAAUACCAAAAAUGUGUUCAUUGAGUGUACAGCUACUGAUUUAACUAAGGCAACAGUAGUUCUAGAUACGCUGGUGUGUAUGUUCUCUGUAUACUGCGGUAAGACGUACACCGCGCAGCAAUGUAAGGUGUUCGCGCCGGACGGAACGUAUCAACUAUAUCCGGAGUUAAAGCAUCGCCGUGAAACCAUAAACGUUGAUAAAGCUAACAGCUAUAUAGGAAUACAGGAAAAUGGUGACAAAUUAGCAGAGCUCCUUACCCGAAUGUGCCUUCCGACGGAACACCAGGAUUCUGUACUAUCCGUAGAAGUGCCACCAACGAGGCGUGACGUCAUUCAUGCUUGUGACCUAUACGAAGACAUCGCCAUUGCUUUUGGAUACAAUAACAUACCACGUCGUCCAUCGAGUGUGGUGACAUGCGGGGCACAAACCCAGGCCAACAAACUAACUGAACAAUUGCGACAGGAAUGCGCACACGCAGGAUAUACGGAAGCGCUAACAUUCACUUUGUGUUCCCGAGAAGACGUAGCAACAAAACUGGGUCGCAAUAUAGAAGAUGUAGCAGCUGUCCACAUCUCGAAUCCGAAAACCCUGGAGUUCCAAGUUGUGAGGACCCUUCUGUUACCCGGACUACUGAAGACCCUCGCAGCUAAUAAGAAAAUGCCUUUGCCCUUGAAAAUUUUUGAAAUCAGCGAUGUCGUGUUAAAGGAUGAUGGAGCAGAGACGGGCGCUACGAACGAGCGUCGACUAUGCGCGUUAUACUGCGGACGUGCAGCUGGCUUUCAGUUUGUGCACGGGUUGCUGGACCGAGUUAUGGCACUGCUCACGACACCUUGCUCCAAGGAUGGAUAUUGGCUGAGGCAGGCUGAAGAUCCAGCAUAUUUCCCUGGCAGAUGCGCUGAAGUUCUCCUGCGGGAUACAGUGAUUGGAAAAAUUGGUGUCAUACAUCCUAAUGUAUUGACAGCAUUUGAACUUACAAACCCUUGCUCUGCUCUUGAAAUUAACAUUGAACCAUUCAUAUAA